AUGGCACCCCCGACAACCCAGCCCGCCGGUGGGCCUCAGCCACUCGCACAGAGAUUCCUAGUUCUCGCUCAAACUCUUCAGUUUGGCUGGUUCGUCGGACAUUUCCUCCUCCUUCUGUCGACCCUCCGCUACACUGUCUCCUUCAUCAAAUUCAACACCGCCACAACAGCUGCUCAGGUCUCAUACCGUCUCGGUUUUCUCUCCUGUGCUGUAACCUAUGGAAUCGUCGUCUACAAGGCCUAUAGGGCUAGAAUCAAGCAGGCCGGUACCAACCGUCCCGCCCUCCAACAACACCUUCUCGCUAUGACUGGUGACGAAAAUGUUCAGUAUCUCGUCAUGGCCCUAAUCUGGCUCUUCACCAGCCCAAUCUACCUCGCACUCCUCCCCUUCACAAUCUAUUCCACCUUCCACUUCCUAACCUACCUCCGCACUGCCCUCAUCCCCACCCUCCUCCCCACCCCAGCAACCCCAGCCCCUCCGGCCUCAUCGCCAUCCUCCGGUUCCACCGCCCCACAAGCUCCAAAGAAACAAACCGCCAACGUUGUCUCCGAGAUAAUCUCCAAAUUUGUUAAAACUCACUACGACACCUCCAUGGCCGUUGUCGCAAACCUCGAAUUGGCAUUAUGGAUUCGUUUACUCUUCGGCUGUCUUAUCUUCGCGAACUCCUGGAUUCUAUUGAUUAUUUACACCGCUUUUCUCAGAAUCAGAGUCUCUCAAUCUCCGUUUGUUAGACAGGCUUUACACCAAGCUGAAGCUAUUAUCGAUGGUUUAGUAGCCGAUCCGAGGGCUCCACCGGCAUUGAGGAAUGUCUGGGCUAGUGCCAAGGAUGGAGUUAGGAAGUUUGGAGAUUUGACUGAGUUUGACCCAAAUAAGAUCCCGCAGCGAAAAGCCCAGUAG